UCUGUGUGGGCCAUUGGGCUGCAAAGAAUAAAGGUCAAGUGCUUGAGUUUAUGCGGACUGCGUUUUGUAUACUCAUUGGUUUUGAAAACAUUCCUUACAUAAAGCCAAAAUAAUUAGCAAUAAUUACAAAUAACGUGCGUGCGUGCAUACUGAUUGGCAGAUAUUGCUGUUAUCACCACGUUCUUUUUUUAAAAAUGGCUACUGAUGAUGAUACCAUAAUAGAUCAAACUUUGUCGGACAGAUUGCUAGAGAAGGGACGAAAAUCACCAUUUCUGAUUGCAAGUUUGAUAAGUUUGGUGGGAGUCUGUGGCUAUGGUGUCUAUGCUUUUAGAAAGAAGAAGAUAUCUACACAGUUAUAUUUAAUACAGCUCCGAGUUGCUGCACAAGGAACAGCAAUAGCUUGCUUGACAAUAGGAAUGGGAUAUCAUAUGGUUAAAAAGCACAUUUUGCACGAUGAGAAAGAACCAUGAUGUCAAACAGUAAUAGUUUAAUUAUUAAUUAAAAUAACUUAUCAAAUAUAAAAAACAUGUAGUCACAAUUAAAGAAAAAGUAAUAUAUUUAAUUUGUUUAAUACAA